UUGGAGAGACGUUUAUUUUAGCGAGUGUUGUGUGAGAUGUGCAACAAUUUCACUGAUUCACCAUGGACAUAGCAAGCUGGAUUUUGGUAGUGACAGUAUUUGCGACGGUGGUCUAUCUCGGCUAUCGUUGGUCCAUCGCCAGCUUCGAUUAUUUUGUGCCACGUCGAGUGCCUUUUGUCAAGCCAUGGCCUCUGUUUGGUGGGCUGUGGCCUUUCUUCGCCGGCAGAAUGCAUACUAACGAUGCUGUUUCGGCGGGCUACCGAAUGUUUCCCGAAGCAAAAUUUUCCGGUUUGUUUGUCUUCCGGCGACCUGGUUACUUGGUUCAUGAUCUGGAGCUGGUGAAGCAGAUUGCGAUCAAAGAUUUCGAUCACUUCACCGAUCAUGCGAACAAUUUAAAGGAGGACGUUGAUCCGCUCGUGGGAAGGGCGUUGUUCUUCAUGGAGGGAUCGCGUUGGCGUCAUGGACGGUCUGGAUUGAGCCCAGCAUUCACCGGCAGUAAGAUGCGAAAUAUGUUUGUUUUGAUUUCGAGCUAUACCGAAAAGGUGAUGCGGAAGCUGAUGAUAAGCUCCAACGGAGAGACGCUUGAAAAAGAAAUGGAAGAUUUGUUCCAGAGACUGAGCACUGACGUAAUCACAUCCAUCUCAUUGGGCAUGGAAGCUGAUUCGAUCCAUGAACCGAAGAACGAAUUUUUCUGCUAUUGCAAACGUUUGAUUUCAACAACUGGAUUUCAAGGAUUAAAAUUGUUCGUUAUGACAAUGCUUCCUGCCAAAUUCUUCACCUUGUUGCGCAUGACGAUUAUACCACGAGAUGUGGCUGAAUUCUAUGAACACAUUGUGGCCACAGUCAUCAAACAUCGCGAGCAAAGCAAUAUUUCGCGUCCCGAUUUCAUCCAUCUGAUGAUGUUGGCUCGGAAAAACGAACUAAAACUAGAGCACUCAGAUGAACAACGAGGAAAUGUUGAAUUGCAAACCGAGGAGGAUCACUCUCCGAUAACAACCGGGGAUCAUUUACGGUGGACCGAUAUGGACAUUGCAGCAGCGGCUGCAUCCUUUUUCGUUGGAGGAGUAGAUAGCACGACUACCUUGCUUUGUUUUGCUCUCUAUGAGCUUAGUUUGAAUCCAGAAAUUCAAGAUAAACUUCGUGAAGAAGUUGACGGUGUUGCUAAUAGUCUCACUGAGCAAUAUCUAUCAUACGAAGCGUUACAAAAGAUGAAAUUCUUGGACAUGGUGGUCAUGGAAACACUUCGACGAUGGUCCCCUUCGGGAGUAACCAAUCGGAAGUGCAUCAAGCCGUACAUCAUGGUUAACAGCGAUGGUACGCAGGUCACCGUAGAAAAAGGACAAUUGAUAGUGAUUCCAAUUCAAGCUAUUCACACCGAUCCCCGUUAUUAUCCGAACCCAAUGCGAUUCAAUCCGGAACGGUUUUCCGAUGAAAACCGCCACACGAUCGAUCAAAAUGCUUUUCUACCGUUCGGUAAUGGACCACGUAACUGCAUCGGAUCAAGGCUAGCGUUGAUGCAGAUCAAGUGUUUGUUGUACCAGCUGCUGGCCUACUUUGUUGUGAAAUUGUCUAGCCGAACCGAUGUGCCGGUUCGAAUUGACACGAGAGCUGUUGGAAUUAAGGCGAAGAGUGGAUUUUGGUUCAAGUUGACUCCGAGGGCAAAGUAGAAAUUUGGGUGCAUAAAAUGUUUCAUAAAAUUCACAAUUAAAGUUAAAAACCCUUUCAACUUUGAAGAAUAUUUUGGAAACUUAACGGGUGUUUAAUAAUAAAUGAGAAUUUUUUCA